UUCGACCUGUCAUCACAUCGCACCUUAUCAGCCGGUCGUCGUCUUCAUCGCCUUGUUGGCACAAUAAACUCCAAAACAGCUAGCUCCAGAAUAUAUUCCCAUUCCCGUGUGACCCGAGUGUCAUUACUCACAAAGGUACGGUCUUUAUCUCUUUCUGGUUUGUUUUGGGUUCGUUUUACCCUGUUUGUUUCCCGAGAAAAGGCCACAAAUUGACGGAAAUUCGAACUUUUUGGUUUCCACGUCUUUUGCAAUCCAAGAAACACAAAAAGUGAUCAUCUCCAUCACAUUCCAUCACAUUCAAGAUGCAUGUGUUGAAUUCAGCUUGUAUUGCCACAUCACCUUUGUUGAUUCCAGAUUCAGGGAAUUGGUGUAAAGAGCAAGUUAAUCUUUCUAAAUGUCGUCCGGCAAGGAUUUCUGCACAAUUUCAACCUGCCGUUGCUCCAGUUGGGUUUGGCUUGCAGUUACAACCUAUUAAUAAAAGAAGAAUACGGUCUGCUGUAGCAUAUGCUUCUGCUUCGGGGCAGACACAAACCGUAACCAAGCAGGCGCCAACGAUAACGAUCACCAACGCUCCUGCAUCACCGAAACUGGAUGAUGGUGGGACUGGAUUUCCACCCCGAGAUGAUGAUGGUGGUGGGGGUGGUGGAGGUGGUGGUGGAGGCAAUUGGUCAGGGGGAUUCUUUCUCUUUGGCUUUCUUGCUUUUUUAGGGUUUUUAAAGGAUAAAGAAAGCGAGGAGAAUUACCAGGACAAUCGCAGGAGAUAAGAAAAGGUUUAUAAAUUUUGAAACUUAAUUCAGGCUACAGAUUUAGUUUCUGAUGCUGUAUUCUUUCAUGACAUUAACAAUUACGUCUACUACAUGACAAAGUUAGUCCUUGGAAUUGACUUUUCUACUUAUCGUUCUUCAAUAAAAAUUGAGAGUUGGUGUUCAUGCCUAGAAAAUUUUUCUAGCAUGUAAUUUUAA